UGACGGAGGAGUGGAGGAUUGGCGAGGAGGGGGAGGGCGAAGUUGCGUUCCUGAUGUAGUGGUGAUGCCGAAAAACCGAAAAGCUGCAAGCUUAGUCAGAGAUUAGUUGGCACAUAUAUCAGCUAACAGCGGUAGCGGCGUUAAGGAAUUGAUACUGCCAAACUAGCCAAAGCUUCCCAACCUCCCACUCUAGUCGUACAAGCCUUGAUGCCUUGCAACUAUGAACCCAGAACGUGUGUUACACCUGCUCAGCAAUAAACCAGCCAGCGAGAUCGCGUUGUCACCGGAGUACAUCAGCUUCAGGGGAACAGUACCGCAGAGAAAGGUGAUAGUAGAUGACGAUGGCUCCAAGGUGUGGACCUACUAUGACCAUGGCCCCCGCAACAUCAGCUGUCCGCUGGUCUGCUUGCCGCCAAUCAGUGGCACCGCGGACGUCUUCUUCAAGCAAAUCCUAACGCUCACAGCCCGGGGCUACAGAGUCAUAUCGCUGGAGUACCCGGUGUACUGGACGAUGCGGGACUGGGUGUGCGGCUUCCGCAAGCUGCUGGACCAUCUGCAGCUGGACAAGGUGCACGUGCUGGGGGCCUCGCUGGGCGGCUUCCUGGCCCAGAAGUUUGCCGAGGCCACCCACACCUGCCCCCGGGUCCAGUCCCUGGUGUUGUGCAACAGCUUCUCCGACACCUCCAUCUUCUCCUACACCGACACCGCCGUACUGUUCUGGCUCUUCCCGUCCAUGGUGCUCAAGCGCAUGGUCAUGGGCAGCUACACUCCCCACGCAGUGGACUCCGACAUCGCCGACUCCAUGGACUUCAUGGUGGAGAAGCUGGACAGCUUGUCCCAGUCUGAACUGGCCUCAAGGCUGACGCUGAAUUGCGUCAACUCCUACGUGGAACCCCAGAAGCUGGAUGGCAUCCCCAUCACCAUCAUUGAUGUGUUUGACAGCAGUGCCCUGAGUCAGCAGGUGAAGGAAGACCUGUACAAGCUCUAUCCUCUUGCCAAGAGAGCCCACCUCAAGCGGGGAGGAAACUUCCCCUACCUCAGCCGCAGCGACGAAGUGUCCAUGCACCUACAGAUCCACCUACGACAGUUCGAAGGGACGCGUCACUCUGCCCGCGAAAGCUCGGACUCUUCGGACGGCGAGCCCAGGCAUCCCUAAGCAGCUGGAUGCGGAACAGCCCUACGCCUGGCGUGCCUUCUUCGAUUGCCCCGUGUGUGCUUAUGUACAAAUGCGACCCGAAUACAGUUUAUUUUGGAGAC